AUGGCCAACCUCGCACGCUCUCUCAAUUCCUCCAGCGUCGCCGAGACUUUGGCCACGUACGAGAGCUGGGCCGAAAGUUACAACGAAGAUAUCGACAAGGAAGAGUACACGGCGCCUGAAAUUGCCAGUGACUAUGUUUUCAAGCACAUGGGCUCUCAGAAGAUCACAAGUGCAGCAAUUUUGGAUGCUGGAUGUGGCACAGGACUCGUCGGCCAACAUCUCGCCAAGCGCGGUGCGACACAGCUUGACGGGAUCGAUCUCAGCCCUGGCAUGCUCCAAGUUGCUCGUCGAACUGGCAUAUAUCGCUCCUUGAGCGUGGCGGAUCUAUCACAACGUCUUGAGAUUCCUGGCCAGUCCUAUGACGUCGUUGUCUGUGUUGGGACGUUGACUCAAGGCCAUGUAGGGCCUGGCGCUUUUGAUAGCUUUGUCAGGGUGGUUAAGCCGGGAGGGUUUAUUGUGGCAACGGUAAGAGAAUCGGUUUGGCAGAAGAAUGGGUAUGAGGACAAGGUGAAGGCACUUGAUGAGGAAGGAAAAGUGAAGCUCGUGGGCGACAAGCUGGAGAUGAUCGGAACCGACGUACGCGCCGUCUUUGUGGUUCUAAAAGCCCAGUGA